UAGGUGGUAGUAUUGAGUCUUGGGGCUUCUCGUAGAGCUGAAGAAGAGGAAAUACGAACUCUGCCGCGAAAAUAAGCCACGAGAAAAGAGUAGAUGGAGUAACUCGUUAGUUUUUAAUGGUAUUUUAACAUUAUCUGCAGUUUAAACCACAGCCCGCGGUGUUUGGACUGAACUGCGGGAUCAGAUGUUGGAGAUUUUAGCAGCGACAACCGGAACACUCGGGUCCACCCCAACUUCCACUUAGCUUAGCUUAGCUUUAGCUUACUAGCUAAAGUGAGCCUGCUAGCCGACUAACUAACUAGCUGGGUAGCUAGUUAACUAGUUAGCCGAGCUGCUGUAGCUGGUUAUUAUUAGAACAGAAAAUACGUCUCCUCCAUUCAGCCAUGACAACAAGCAGGAUUUCUCCAUCGGUCCUCAAAGAUGUUGUGGCGUAUGUGGAUGUGUGGUCUGCAAGUAAGACAGAAAAUUAUUCUGAUCCCUUUAUUCAGCAGCUUCAAGAACUGGGCGCUAAGGUAUCUAAAACGUUCAACAAACAAGUCACCCAUGUAGUAUUCAAACAUGGCCAUCAGUCCACGUGGAAUAAAGCGAAGAAAAUGGGUGUGAAGAUUGUAUCGGUCCAUUGGGUUGCCAGGUGCAAAGAAACAGUUGAGCAUGCUGAGGAGGCUCUGUACCCUGCUCAUCAUGAAGAAUCAAAGCUUAGUCAACUGAAAAAAAGAACGCAUCGUUGCAUGCAGCCAAGGAAUGCUCCUGUAAGCACACCUAAGCAAUUGAAGAGAAAGCUGGAUAAAAUGAUGGAAGAUCUGGCCCGUUCAUCUCCUGUAGUAGUUUCAGAUACGUCACCUUUCAUUAUUGAUGAGGAGCACGGUAUAGUGUACAGUCCCUCAUCAAGAAGAGCAGACACCAUGGCUCAGAGGCUGAGGGAGAUGAGAGCACAGCGGGAAAAUCUCUCACCCACUGCUUCACAGAUUCAGGACUCGGAACUGGAUGAUUCCCCAAGGCCCUCUCUUGGGAACACUCCCACUGACCUUUCCAAACAACUGGAUGAGGAAGAGGAGACUGGUUUGUCAGACGCCCGUCGAAGCUCCAACAGUGAUGAAGGAGAGCAACAAUACCAUGACCUUCCAUCAGUCAAGAAGACACUAUCUGUCCGUUCUAAGAAAGAAUCGCUCGAUUCAGGUGUUACGUUUUCGUCUUUAAACAAGACUAAAGAAACAGUUAAAGUUCCAGCAUCACCAAAAACUAAAAGACCAAGGAGAUCUCGUUCUGGAUUGGCAAAACAAUCCUUUCUAGACUCCUUUGUUCAUAAAACAUCUUCAAAAAGCUUAACGUUGGACCCUGAACCUGAAGAAGAAGAAGUGCCUGAUGAAUCCAGAAGGUCGUCAUAUAAUAGUAAGAAAUCCGAAAUUAGUUCACCUCUUAGCAGUGUGACCUCAAGAGUAAGCCAGAAUCCACUGUGCCUGAAAGAGACCACAGCUGACAUUAAUGUAUCUGACUCUGGGAGACGUCCUUCUCUUUCAAACCGUAGUACUAAAGCUCAAAGUAAAGAGCAGGAUUCCCUAAAAUCUGAAGAAAAAAAACAGAAAGUGUUAAAGAAGAAAAAACAAGCUGCCGUAGUGACUGACUGCAAAGAGGUCUUAAAGCCAAGUGGUGGGGAUGAUGACGACAGCGUGUUUGAGGACUACUUCAGUUCAGCCAAGAACACACCAGGGCGUGGGGUCAGCUUUGUGGACUCUUCGAAAUCAUUGGAUUUACCAACCUUUGACCUCGUCCCUCAAAACCGUAAUAGACGCAAGAGCAGCUCCCAGAUGACCCUUCCAGCAAACACCAAACCUGAAAAGACUGUCAAUAGCAAAUCUCGACACAUCUCGGAUGCAUCAUUCUCAACACAAGUGUUUGAUAAAGUAUCUAAUGAACCACUCACAAAGACAGUCAAAAACACACCGGGGCAUAAGGGCAGCUUUGUGGACUCUUCAAAAUCCCUGGAUUUACCUACCUUUGACCUCGUGCCUCAACACCGAAAUGGACGCAAGAGCAGCUCUCAGGAGACUUUCAAAGCAAACGCCAAACCUGAAAAGACUGUCGAUAGGGUCAGCGUUGUGGACUCUUCGAAAUCACUGGAUUUUCCAACCUUUGACCUUGUGCCUCAAAACCGUAAUAGACGCAAGAGCAGCUCCCAGAUGACCCUUCCAGCAAACACCAAACCUGAAAAGACUGUCAUUAGCAAAUCUCGCCACAUCUCGGAUGCAUCAUUCUCAACGCAAAUGUUUGAUAAAGUAUCUAAUGAACCAUCCACAAAGACAGUUAAAAACACACCUGGGCAUAAGGGCAGCUUUGUGGACUCUUCAAAAUCCCUGGAUUUACCUACCUUUGACCUCUUGCCUCAACACCGUAAUGCCGUAGAAAAGACUGUCGAUAGGGGCAGCGUUGUGGACUCUUCGAAAUCAUUGGAUUUACCUACCUUUGACCUCGUCCCUCAAAACCGUAAUAGACGCAAGAGCAGCUCCCAGAUGACCCUUCCAGCAAACACCAAACCUGAAAAGACUGUCGAAAGCAAAUCUCGCCACAUCUCGGAUGUAUCAUUCUCAACGCAAAUGUUUGAUAAAGUAUCUAAUGAACCAUCCACAAAGACAGCAAAGAACACACCGGGGUGUAGGGUCAGCUUUGUGGACUCUUCAAAAUCCCUGGAUUUACCUACCUUUGACCUCGUGCCUCAAAACCGUAAUGGACGCAAGAGCAGCUCUCAGGAGACUUUCAAAGCAAACGCCAAACCUGAAAAGACUGUUGAUAGGGGCAGCGUUGUGGACUCUUCGAAAUCAUUGGAUUUACCAACCUUUGAUUUCGUCCCUCAAAACCGAAAUAGAAGUAAGAAAAACUCUCUGGAGACUCUCCCAGAAAAGACAAUAAUGGAAAAGACUGUCGAAAGCAAAUACGUCUCAGAAACUCAGAAAUCAUUCUCAGCACAAAUGUGUGAUAAAGUGUCUAAUGGACCUUUCACAAAGACAGUCAAGAACACACCAGGGCAUAAGGGCAGCUUUGUGGACUCUUCGAAAUCAGUGGAUUUACCAACCUUUGACCUCGUCCCUCAAAACCGAAAUCGACGUAAGAACAGCUCUCUGGAGACUUUCUCAGCAAACAGCAAACUUGAAAAGAAUGUCCAUAGCAAACCUCAGCACAGCUCUGAAACUUCGCUCUCUAAACAAGUGUCUGAUACAGUAUCUAAUGGACCAAUUACAAAGACUGGUGGACCAGGCUGCGAAUCCAGUGUGUCCAAUCAUGAGGAGCCAAAGCAAGAGCCUGCUGCAAAGAGACAGAGGAGAAGAACCCAGCAGAACCUGGACACAAGCAAAGACAAUAAAAGCAGCACCUCAGAUGGGCUCACUGACAGAUGCUCUGAAAUGUGUAGCAAGCAAGGGAGUAUGAAAACGGACAAAUACAUGAAGAAGAACAGAACAUUAGUAAUGACGAGCAUGCCUACAGAUAAGCAGCAGACGGUGCUCCAAGUGGUGAACAGCUUGGGUAGCUUUACUGUGGUGGACAGUGUGUGUGAGAGUACGACACACGUGGUAUCUGGUAGUCCACGGCGUACCCUCAACAUUCUCCUGGGCAUCGCUCGAGGCUGUUGGAUUCUCUCCUUUGAGUGGAUCUUGUGGUGUUUGGAGCAAAGGAAGUGGAUUCCAGAGGAGCCUUAUGAACUGUCUGAUCACUUUCCUGCUGCACCGAUUUGCCGUUUACAGCAGCACCUGUCGGCUGGGGAACACCAACAGGACCUGUUCCAGGAUCAGCCGGUGAUGUUUGUGUCUCCGCUCUCCCAGCCGCCCUGCCGCAGCCUGGUGGAGCUCAUUCAGCUGUGUGGAGGGUGUGUGUCCCGGAGUGUAAGGCAGGCCAGCCUCUGCAUCGGAGAGUACAAGGGCAAAAAGCCUGAGGGAACCAGGUGUCUUUCAGAACAGUGGAUCUUAGAUUGUGUGACGAAUCUUGUGCUACUCCCGUACAACAACUAUGUAUUAGAAUGAUGUGAACUGUGAACUGCCUGUGAACUAGACUGUGAUUUUAUGAUUAUUUUAUUGUAACCUGUUUACGUCUUUUUGUGAACCGUUUCAUUUUAAUGCUGGCUAUUAAAACAUGAUGAUUGUGUGUUUGUGACAUAUUUCUAUAUGUGUGUGUUCUGGUGUAAUCACACUGGUACCUAAAUAAACUCCUAAUAUUCAGUGGAA